CCAGGAUCUCAUUUAUGACAGACAAUACGGUUAAUGAACCGAGUCGAUGGAUGAAUUAAAGGCGGCAAUGACCGACAACAACAGCGGGCACAGGGAUGGACAGUCAGAGAGACAAAGCGGUCAGUCACUCACUCAGUCAGCCAAUUGAUCAGUCGGUCAGUCAGUGAGUCCCUGAGUGUGUCAGUCACUCACUCACUCACUACUCGACUGAGUGCACGAUGGCCUGACUCGCCGCGGGGUUCUUGGACCGACACGCAAGCUGCAGCCAACGCAAUGCACCCACCCACACACACCAUGCCAUCCAUCCAUAUAUGCCAGCAGUGUGUGCGACGCAUCCAGCCAUCGAUCUGUCCCUCCCUCCCCCCCCGCCGCGCACCUUGAGUAGGCAGCCGUAGCUCUGAUCCAAACCAAUCAGCGCCUUGCACAACACCUGCAUCCAUCGUAACACACACACACACACACACACAUGCACAAGGGCUUGCUCCGUCUGGGUCUGAAUGAAUGCCCCUCCCCCUCCGACCUGUAGUCCGCCGAUGAAGGUGCCGCUCAGCAGGAGUGUGUGCCCCCUGGCCGUGGUGUCCACCUUGUCUGACUUGUCGCACGGUGCCAUGUUGAGUGAGGUGGUCAGGCCGGUGGCGGCGCUCUCGAGCGUCUUGAAGUUCAAGCUGAACUUGGACACCGCCUCGUCGGCCUGGUGGGAGGGAGACACACAGACAGACAGACAGACAGACAGGGGGGAGGCCAUGGGUGUUUGUGUGUAUGUGUGUGUACCUGUUGGAGUGAUUCCCACAUAGAUUUGAACUCGCCGGGGCGCAGGUGACGGGGGACCAUGUAAUCGCCUGCAGACAGGAAGAGAUAGAUAGAUGGUUGCUGUCUGUCUGUUGGGGGGUUCCCCUCGCUCGUCUCGUGUGGCACACACGGCCCGCCCACCCGCCCACCCAUUGCAAUGGUGACAUUCUCCAUGGGGUAUGUGUCGCGAUAGCCCAAGUCAUCACCCUCCUGCAGAUUCGUCACGUGUGCAGUGCACCCCAUCACACACACGCACAGGAUCCAACCGGCCCGCCUUGUUGUGUCUGUUGUGUUUGUUAUCACGUCACCUCUUUGACGGUGUAGUCGAGAGCCGCUUGAAACGUCCCCAGGAGCGUGCGCAAACCUGCAGACGCCGCAAAUCGAGCCACGCGUCAUUUCCGUGAUGCAUUCCCCCAAGGGUCUCUCGCUCUCUCUCACCGUCGUCGCCCUCAUGCAUCUUCUGCAGUACGACAUAUGCCGAUGCGGGUCUGUCGUAUGGCAGUGCCUCGAUGCCCAGGCGGCCCAGCUCGCCCCACGACGAGGGGUCCCCGAUGGUGAACUUGAUGUCAACAUCCUCCAACACCUACACACACACACACACACACACACACCGAUGACAUCACAUCACAUCACACCUUGUGCGAGCGAGUUGUGUGGGGUGAGUUGGGUGGGGUGGUGUGUGGUGUGUGUGGAUACCCACCUGGUCUUGUAGAGUGUUGGUGGUGACAAACUCGAGAACGACGUGGUUGAUGUACAUGUGUUUGAUGACCUGCACCACGUACUCGGCCUCGCUCUCCGUCGCCAACUUGGGCUUGCAGCUGUGCUGAAGAGCACCUGACAAGCCACACAUACACACACAGAGAGAGAGAGAGAUGCAUCGAUCUGUCUGUCUGUGGUGUGCGGUGUAUGUGUGUCUUUUUACUGACGCACCGAGGUCCUCAGCUGAGAUGAGGUCUGCAACUUUGGCGGCGAUGUCGGGGGCCGAGGGGGCCGACACAGGCGACUGACACACACACACACACACACACACACACAGAGAGAGAGAGAUGGAUGAAUAGAUGGCCGGUGGUGCGUUCCGUCCCGUGACAUCCCGUUCUCACAGGGGCCUCCGCUUUGCCGGCAGCAGGUGCCUUGGUGGGCUGAGACACCAGCAAACACAUGACUGAAGCGUGUUGUUUGUGGUGUGGCUGACUGACUGACUGACUGACCUCUUUGGCCUUAGUUUGUGCCUGCUGCUUGGCGGCGUUGAUGGCCUGCAUGGCCGCCUUCUGAGACUCAUACGCCUCUAAACACACACACACACACACACAAACACACACACAUAUGCCUAUAGAUACCCAUGGAUCUGCGUGCCUCUGUGUGUGAGAGGUAUACCUUCAGUGGGCACCGCCUUGACGUCGAAUGGGAGUUCAGGCUGUGCAGCGAUGUGCGCCUCCAGCGUCUGGCAGAGGGCGUCGAGGGAAAACUCGAGGUCGGCCUUCAUCAACACCCCGUUGAACUCUACCAACAAGUCACCAUCCUGCAGACACACGCGCGCGCACACACAAAAAGGGACAAGGAUUGCCUUGAUGUGAUGUGUGUAGUGAGGGGUGGCGUGAUGUGAUGUGUGUCGUCUUGACCAACCUUGCCGCCCAUCUUUCCCUCCAGCAUGUUGCAGUAGAGGUUGGUGCGGUCGCGGACCUCAUCGUCGUUGUCAGUCGUGCAGCUUAGGUGGACACACACACACGCACACACACACACAUGGGUCGACGCGUGCUUUUCUCAUGUGUGUGGUGUUCCGUUGUGCUGAGUGGCAUCGUCACCUCUCCAGGAGUGUGAGAAUGUCUUUCUUGAGUGUGGGGCAUUUGAGUGCGAUCUUGGUGAGCGCAUCCACACCAGCGGCGCGGACCAAGGCGUUCUCCUGCACGCCAUGCGACCCACACACCACACAUCACAUCCAUAUGUGACACAGACGCUGCAAAUGGCUCCGUGUCCGUCGUGUUAUCGAUGAACCCCCCCACCAGAAUGAGUCUGUUGUAGAUAAACCGGAUGAACUUCGAUGGCGACGAUGUGGUGGGCGUCUCGUUGCCAAGAAACGACAAAAUCUGCACGCAGACACGGGGAACGAAGCCAAUGCAUCCACCCGCACGCGUGUGUGUGCGCGAAGUACGCACCUUGGUGCAGAGCGAUGGGUACUCGCAGUCCUCAAUGAACUCACACAGAUGCAGCAAUCCCGUCUCCUUCGCCUAAAUGCCACACACAAACACACAUACACAACACAUCCAAUCACACACACAUGAGUGCCUUCUCUGUCUCUCUUUGCCUUUGUGUGCACCCACCGCCCCCCCCCACUUGUGGAAUUUGUUCGACGAGUAGGAUGAGGGCGUCGACGAUGUCCUUUUUGAACUCUGCGCUGCCCUCCUCCCGCAGGUUGGACGACAGGAAGGCCAUCAGCACCUUGUACUUGCUGGGGUAAGUCAGGCACAACGUCUUCACUGCACGAACCACCUCUACCUUGAAGUUGUCAGAUAUCUCUACACACACACACACACAGGGGAGAGGGGAUGGAGGGAGGGAGGCCUGCACGCGUCUGUGUGGCUCUGUGUGGCUGGUUGACCCACCCACCGGUCAUGAAGGUUGUGAUCUGUUUGAUGAGUCGAUCGACAUUUGAUUCGUGUCCCGUCUUCAGGAGCGUGGUGAGUGCCAGCGUGGCGAUGUUUCUGUUCUGGUCGGUCAGCAACGGCUCCAUGUCCACGUUGCAGCGGGACACGACGUGCGGGCGGACUUGGGCCAACUGACACACACACACACACACACAUAGGCGGAUGCACACAGAUGGAGUGGUCGCUGAUGCGUUUGAGUGUGACCUUGUUGAGCAUUCUGAUGGAGGCGAAUCUGACCACAGGCUUGGGCGACGUCAGGAAUAUCUGAAGCACUGCACACCACACACACACACGCACACGCACACAGAGCGACUGCAUACCUCGCCCUGCAACACAUUGGGCUGGUGAGCAGAGGUACGUACCUGUGAGUGCUGGCAGCAUGUCGUAUCCGAACACAGUGGCGCCGCCCGAGCCCUGCUCGUCGACGACUGCCAGCUCGCAGAAUGCCUUGGCGGCCUCAAACAUGGCCAUCUCGCUCUUGUGCCGCAGACAACUCUCCAGGUAAUCCAUCAACGCCUAUCACAAAUACAGACAGAAAAGGAGACAGACAAGAAUGUCCAUUCUGGUGUCCUUUCCCGGAGUGCUGCUCUGUCGGCUUAUUCAUCGCUUUACGUGUUCAAGGGCCGAGUCUCGCUCCGCCUUGAGCACCUGGGUGGCAUACCUACACACCCACACAAACACACACACACACACACGUGUCCACCGUGGGGAAAUGCCUCUCUCUGUCUUUGUCUCUCCGUGUGGUGGGUGUGGCCAUGCCAUGCACCGCACUACAUACCUGAUGAGUAGGCACUCUGCCAUGGGGCUUUUGCCGAACGACUUGGUGAGUUGCGAGACCACCUUGUGGAGCGCCAGCCGGUCGUUCCUCUUGAGCUCAUAGAGGAGGCCCAGUGCAUGGAACUGCACCAUGGGGCUCUUGGACGACACGCUCUCCGUCACCUCAUUCACCCACCUUGGCAGACAGACACAGCAGGCACACACAUGGCAGGCAGCACAGUCGUCGGUCGUCUGUGUGUGUGGUGUGUGGUGUGAGUGCGUGUCCCGUGCAGUCAGUCAGUCAGUCAGUGAGUCAGCCACCUUCUGACGACUUCGGGUGCAGAUCUCAUGAGGUUGAUGCCGCAGAUGAUGGCCGCCGACGCCACGAAGGGGCUCUUGUCCACUAUGGCCUGAAACGGACGCACACAGACACAGCGUCAGUCACACGUAUGGGCUCAUUGGCCUGUGCGUCUCUGUUUGUUCGUUUGUGUGUGUACGUUUUUGAGGUAUCUGUCGAUCUGUGCGGCCAUUGAGGGGUCCAGAAUGCGGCUCAACACACGGAUGGCAUUCGCACGGUAGCAGUCAGACUUGCUGCUCAUGUCCUGCACACACACACGCACACACACACACACACACACAGAUUUAGCAUCUCCGGCACCCAUCCCAUCAGCCAGCGUGUGUAUCUGCGUAAUCAAUCAUCCAUCUGUGUGUAUCUCCCUCACCUUAGUGAGUGUGGAUGUGACGAUGAAGACCUCUGUCUCGCUGACUUUGAUGCUCUUGAUGAGGAGGUACGUCAUCCGCCGCAGCCGCUCGCUGCUCGACUGGAACAGCUUGGUCGCACCGAAAAACAAAUCUGUCGUCUCCUUCGACGACAACUUCUCCCCCUGACACACACACACACACCCCAUCCCACACACAGACAGACAGGUGCGCCUUGCUAUCUGUGUUUGUGUGGUGUGUUGUGCUCACCUGUGUGAUGAGGUAUAGGACUUUGGUGAGGAGGUGGCAGCAUUUCUUGGCGUUGAGGUGCGGCUCGCUGAAGGCGCGGGUCUCCAGCAACACAGUGCUCUUCUCGCCCGCAUACGGAUUCACAAACGCUGCGCACACAACACACACGCACACACGCGGCACAAACAGUGCAAUGGCAGUGUGCUUGCGGAGAUCUUGCAGCCAUGUCUGUGCGUCUGCCUGUGGCCAUCUGUGGUCCUGACUGUCUGUCUGUGUGGCCACCGCUGCGUACGUUUCUCUUCGCUCUUGAAGUUCUCCUUGACGGCGGCGGUGAUCUUCUCUCGGAUCGUCUGGGCGUUCAUGGCGGCGGUGAAGAGCCUCACUACUAUCACGCCGGAUCUACG